AUGAACAGUAAUUCAAAGCAUUAUUAUUGUCCCGAAUGUGACCAACAAUUAAACGAUAAUUCAAGAUGGUGUAAAUCAUGUCAACAAAGACAUUUUGAAGAAAAUUUUGAUAAUUGGACAUCUGGUGAUAAUGAUAUAGAUGAAUUUAUUAAAGAAACUCAAAUGAAAGCCGAUGAUGCUGAUCAAUAUUUAGAAUGGAUUCCUUUUUCUGCUUUUAUUAAUGUUACUAAAUCUGAUAUUUCUGAAGCUGGUUCUUUAUUUACUGCUAAUUGGGUUAGAG